AUGCUUGAAGCGGGCGUCAUCCGGCCCGUCAGCCGCUCCGACUGGGCCACUCCUCUGGUGAUUGCUCGUAAGGCGGACGGCGGAAUACGGCUGUGUGCGGACUAUAAGGUGACCCUUAAUCCUAACUUAUUGGUCGAUAGGUACCCGGUUCCCAAGGUCGAUGACCUUUUUAGCACGCUAAGCGGAUAUAAGUAUUUCACUAAAUUAGACUUGUCACAAGCUUAUAAUCAACUAGUCCUAGAUGAGGCGUCCACGGAGUACACGGUAAUGAAAGAGCUGCACGACACACACAUGGGUGUUGUUAAAACAAAGGCGUUAGCACGGAGCUACGUGUGGUGGCCGGGAGUGGACGAGGCCGUGGAGGCGGCCUGCGGCGGCUGCGAGGUGUGCGCCAGCGUGGCAAGCGCGCCGCCCGGCCACGCACCGAGCCCCUGGCCAUGGCCCAAUCGCCCAUGGCGUAGAAAUAGCUCAUUAAUUGUUCCGCAAGUAGAUAGAUGCGAGCUGGAAUCAGAGGAACGACCAGCGGAGCCGAUUAGAGCUAGCGCGAGCGAGGCUGCGACUAAAGACGCUUCCCCGCAGGCUGCCGCCGUGGACCAGCCCCAGGUUGCAACCGAUAUGGGUGAUAAUAUGUGUCCACCUAAAAGGCCCUUUGUUUCAGCCCUUAUAAAGGAGGAAGCCGGAUUUGUGGAUGAAGAGGCUUGUGUGAAGGAGGAGUGUGAGGACAGCACAGCCGGGUGCGGCGUGAGCGAGGCCGCCAUGCUGGCCGGCCUGUACGACGAGCACGUGGUCAAGGACGAGCUCGUGCUGGGGCCGGAGCGCCCGCACCGCCCCAUAGUCGCCCCGGUGGUGACAGCGCCCACUCUCGUCUCCUCUGCGGUGGUGUCGGGUCGGCGCGGCUCGUGCUCGGUCAGGCUGGAGCGCCUGCUGGUGGACGCGGCGCGGCGCACCUGCCGGGUCGGGCGCCGCACAUACAAGCUGCACGCCACCGAGCCCGCACCCACACCCCAUGUCACCACCACCAUCUAUCAAUGUCACCAUUGCGGCAAACUGUUCAGGAGCAAGUCGGUUCUGAAGAAGCACGUACACACUCACUCGCCUUUACAUAAUUCAACCGUAGGGGAUUAUGGUUUAGAACGACAUCAAAUGCUACAUGGUGACAAAAAACUGACGAAAAAGGCUCACAUGAUUAUACACUCAGGCGAAAAGCCUUUCAGGUGUAAAUACUGUGGCUACGAGAGUAGUAAAAAAUCAAAUUUACGGACUCACCUGAUGACUCACACCAACGAGAAGCCUUUCAGGUGUACACACUGUGACCACAAAUCUAGAACAAAAGCAGAUUUACAGCGUCACCUGAUGACUCACACAGACGAGAAGCCUUUCAGUUGUAGUCACUGUAGCUACAAGGGUAAAAGAAAAGGAGAGUUACAGACUCACCUGAUGACUCACACAGACGAGAAACCUUUCGGGUGUACUCACUGUGCCCACAAAUCUAGAACAAAAGCAGAUUUACAGCGUCACCUGAUGACUCACACAGACGAGAAGCCUUUCAGUUGUAGUCACUGUAGCUACAAGGGUAAAAGAAAAGGAGAGUUACAGACUCACCUGAUGACUCACACAGACGAGAAACCUUUCGGGUGUACUCACUGUGCCCACAAGUGUAGAAGAAAAGCAGAUUUACAGCGUCACCUGAUGGCUCACACAGACGAGAAGCCUUUCAGUUGUAGUCACUGUAGCUACAAGUGUAGAAGUAAAGCAGAGUUACAGAGUCACCUGAUGACUCACACAGACGAGAAGCCUUUCAGUUGUAGUCACUGUAUUUACAAGUGUAGAAGAAAAGGAGAGUUACAGCGUCACCUGAUGACUCACACGGACGAGAAGCCUUUCAGUUGUAGUCACUGUAGCUACAAGUGUAGAAGUAAAGCAGAGUUACAGAGUCACCUGAUGACUCACACAGACGAGAAGCCUUUCAGUUGUAGUCACUGUAUUUACAAGUGUAGAAGAAAAGGAGAGUUACAGCGUCACCUGAUGACUCACACGGACGAGAAGCCUUUCAGUUGUAGUCACUGUAGCUACAAGUGUAGAAGAAAAGGAGAGUUACAGACUCACCUGAUGACUCACACAGACGAGAAGCCUUUCAGUUGUAGUCACUGUAUUUACAAGUGUAGAAGAAAAGGAGAGUUACAGCGUCACCUGAUGACUCACACGGACGAGAAGCCUUUCAGUUGUAGUCACUGUAGCUACAAGUGUAGAAGAAAAGGAGAGUUACAGACUCACCUGAUGACUCACACAGACGAGAAGCCUUUCAGUUGUAGUCACUGUAGCUACAAGUGUAGAAGAAAAACAGAUUUACAGACUCACCUGAUUACUCACACAGACGAGAAGCCUUUCCGUUGUAGCCACUGUGACCACAAGUUUAGAUUAUUAGAUUUACAGGCUCAUGCGAUGACACACGGACGAGAAGCUUUUCAGGUGUACACAGUGACCACAAGUCUAGAACAAACGCUCAGUUACGGAAACACCUGA